AUGCCUGGAGCCUCGUGGACGACUCACGAACAGACUGUUUGGUUGAAGUCUAAGAUGGAUGGCUUCUGCUUGAGUCAGCUGCAGGGUUCUGUCUCUGCAUACUUGAACCAGUUGUGCUUAGAAUGGUUUGUGAAAUGGCCAGAAGUUGGCAUCCAUUUCAAAGAUAGCACAACUGGGAUACCUCUUACUGAGGCUGAAUUAACGAGUGAUCAAAUAAAAGAAUUAGGUAAACUCGUUAAGCAGCACAAGGGACAACUGCGCUCUUACUGUUAUCGAGGAGCAUCUUCUGCUGGUAGGGCAUGCCACACCCAAUUCACCAAGACCAUCACCAAACAUGUGGACCUACCACUGGAACAUUUCUUACAAAUGGACUACAAGGAAGACUCCUCGAUCAAAGAAGAAGUCAUGGCCCAAGUGGAGAAUGAAGCCAGCAAGGUGAUGGCAGCCUGCGGCGAAGCCUAUGUGAUGCAGAUGAAGGAGCAGGCGAAGGCCAAAUGUUUGGGUGGGGUAGCCAGGCAACUACUAGAGACAAUAUUUGAGACAACUGGUUGGCACGGGAGCAUAUACCUAGGUGGCCCGGAUCCAUGUGCAAAUGGGGACGUUCAUGUUUUCAGUUUUCACCAUGGGAAGGGGAGCACUGGGUUCACCUUCUGUGACUCACUUCCCGACCACACCAAACAGAUCGUUGAACCAUUCACCAUGUUUCUGAAGGGCACAUUUGCUACUAGCACUACAUCUGCACCACCUGAAGUAUUGGAGCACAUCGACGUUCUCAGUGGGGUCGACAUGUUCAAUCCCACUCCUCUUACGUUCAAUCCCAUCCCUCCAACAACUUCUGACUCUGUGCCCAUCAUGGAAGGUGGAGGUGUAUCCAUACACCCCACUGAAAACGAGCUUCAUACAAUGAUUCAUCCAACUUCCCAUGGCCCACAUGAGUAUACAUUCCCCAACAGUUCCUUCGAUUCUGGGUUCUAUGAGUCUCUCAACCCUUACCUUAGUUUACCUGAGCCUGAACCUGACACGGAGUCCGGCCUUCCAAUACUCCCUCCCUUCCUUUCUCAGAAUAGCCCAGACACGCCCAUUACUGCAUGGGAGAAGGACUUAGAUGCUGGUAGGAUUACCAGCUUUCUCCACCUCAUCUUAGCACCACCUUUUCCUUCUGGCCACGGCAAGACAAUACCCCGUGUGCGUCCUGUCACUUUGGGUAAAGCUAAGGCCCCUUCUAUCUAUGAUCACCUCUGCGAUUCAACAUCAAUAUCUCCCCAUGCACCUCUGGCAGUCCUGGUAUCGACAGUUCCUAUGGUUCCGGCUGUGCCUGUGCCUGCAACUCGCAUGUCUGCAUCUCCCACCCCACCUCCGUCUGCUUCUGCUACUCUUACAGCUAACACAUCUGCACCUCCUGCCACACCUGCAGCGUCUCCAUUUGCUUCUGCUUCUCCUGCAACUCACGGGUCUGCAACUCCUGCCACACCUGCAGCAGAUGUGCCUUUGUUUGCCUAUCCUCCUACCUCACCUACAGCAGUCGCGCCUGUAGCAGAUGUAUCUCUGUCUGCUUCUCCUCCUACAACCACGAUUGAUUUGGCACCAAAGGCCCCCAUGUCUAACAUGUCCAUGAGCAUCAAAAUGUGCCCUGCCAGCACCACUGUGGACCAGACGACGAAGGAGGUGCAACCAUUCAAUGAUGUACUCAAUCAGUCGUUCCGUCACGGCAGUCAAAUGCGCCUCCCAUCAACCCGUCUGACAGAUGCUAACAAGAUUGGCAGCACUUCAAAGAGAUCUCGCAAGUCCGUUGCAUGA